AAUAAUUGGGUAUAGAAGCAGUGGAUCUCUUCUCUCCACUACUUUUUCCUCUCCCUUCCAAAUUACCCACUGAGUUUUUAGAGUUGACUUCAUCGCUUCUGGUUUCUCUACUUUCAAGUAUCCUAUGGCCGAAGCUAUUGUUUCCGUGAUCUUACCGGAGCUGGCCGCAAUAGCAAUUCAAAAUGCACGGGAAGAGUGGAGACUGGUGACGGGCGUCGAUAAAGAAGUCGAAAGGCUUAAAAGCAAUCUCAAGGCGAUCCAGUGCGAGCUUGAAGAUGGGGAGGAAAAACAAUUCGUCAACAAACGUGUCCAAUAUUGGUUAGAUAGGUUCAAACAAGUUUCUUACGACAUUGAAGACGUAUUGGACGACUGGAAGACUGCACUCCACAAGUUGCAAACAGAUGGAGUUGAAACCUCUUCUGUUAAAAGGAGGAAGGUAUGGCCCUUAUCUUCGUACUUUUCCUUUGGCACACAAGUUGCUAGGCGUCAUGACAUCGCUACAAGAAUAAAAGAAAUCAAUGAAGAGUUAGACGAGAUUGCUAAAGACAGAGUUAGGAUUGAAUUGAUAAAAAGUGAAAUUAAGCAACCUAAUCGGUCCGAAAGCACUUCUUUUGUGGAUGUGUCACAGAUAGUUGGUCGAGAUAGAGUCAAAGAAGACAUAAUAAGUACAUUGCUCUUUGGAACUAGUGAAGAAGGGAGUUGCAAGAAUAUUCGUACCAUCACUAUAGUAGGGAUGGGAGGAAUGGGAAAAACAGCUCUUGCCCAAUUAAUUUAUAAUGAUCAUAGAAUUCAGUCUCAUUUUGAAAACAAAAUUUGGGUGUGUGUCUCAGACCCCUUUGAUCAAACACAAAUUGCUAGAGCAAUUCUUGGAGGCCUCCACCCUGGUUCAACGAACCUUCAAAAUCCAGUUUCACUGGAAAUUCUUUUAAAAGACAUUCGUGAAAGGAUUAAAGGAAAGAAAUUCUUUCUUGUUUUAGAUGAUGUGUGGACGGAUCGUGAUCAAGAUUGGGAGCCGUUUAAAGCUACUUUUCAGUAUGGCAUGUCGGGAAGUUGGAUUUUAGCAACUACUCGAAAGGAAUCAGUUGCAAAGCAAAUGGACUUGUCUCAUGUCUUUCGUCUGGAACAAUUAUCUGAGGAGGUUUGUUGGUCGAUGAUUGCUCAAAUAGCAUUUACCGAAGGAAACAGGGAUAGGCGUAAAUAUUUUGAGGAUAUUGGAAGGAAAAUUGCAAAAAAGUGUAAAGGUUUGCCGCUUGCUGCAAAAACUUUAGGAUGUCUCCUGCGAGAUAAAGUACGAAGAGAAGAGUGGCAAAAUAUUUUGAAUAGUGAGAUAUGGAAAUCAAAUUUCGCACAAGAUAUCUUUUCACCUUUACUAUUGAGUUAUUAUGAUUUGCCCCCAACGAUAAGACGAUGCUUAUUGUACUGUGCAUUCUUUCCCAAGGACUAUGUAAUUCGUAAAGAUGAAUUGAUCCAGCAUUGGACGGCGCAAGGUUAUUUGAACUCUGAUGUCAAUUUUGGGAGAGAAUUACAAGGUGAAGAUUACUUUACAUGCUUAGCAGCUCGUUCUUUUUACCAAGAUUUUAAAAAAGAAGUUGAUGGCAGCAUUCUAUCCUGUAAGAUGCAUGACAUGAUACAUGACUUUGUCCGAUUUUUGACAAAAUACGAGUUUGCCAUAGAGGAGGAUGUAGAUUUGACAUUGGACUUAUCAUCCAAAAAACCUCGUCAUUUGAGGUUGGUUGCAGGCCGGAAAGGUUUUCCCAUGUCCAUUAACGGCGCUGAAAAAUUGCGAAGCCUAGUAGCAGUUUCUCGAGACAUUAAUGGUGCAACUAAUGAAGCCUUGCAGAACUUGUUUAGUGAAUCCAACCGUCUGAGAUUAUUGGAGCUUGACUUGCUUUAUCUAGGCGCGAAAGGAAUUUGCUGUGAAAUGGGGAAGUUGAUUCACUUGAGGUACCUUAGGUUGAAUGGUUGCUAUAAUAUAGAAUAUUUACCUGAAGCAGUGUGUGAAUUGCGUAACUUACAAUCCUUGAUUAUUCGGCACUGCUUUCGUCUUAAGAAAUUGCCAAUUGGAAUCGGGAAUUUGAUUAACUUGAGGUAUCUUUCUAUUGAGUGCUGUUAUGGUCUGACUUACUACCCAAAAGGGAUCGGUAAAUUAACUUCUCUCAUGAGCUUAAAUAGAAUCAUAGUGAGAGCAGAUCGUAAUGAUGCUGAAGAUCUCAGCAUUGGAGAUCUACAACACUUGGACCUCCUUGCUGGAAAUAUUAAAGUUGAACUGGAAGGAGAUGCAAUAGAUGGGGAUGAGGCUAAGAGAGCCAAGCUUCACAACAAGAUACAUCUCAAGCAAAUGUAUGUAAGGAUCUCUCCGGGUAUAAAGGAAGACGAGGUAGUCCAAGCCUUAAACCCACCAUCCAACUUGUCUAUAGUAAUCGUUGACAGCAAGCUGGAUCUGGAAGAAAUGGCCAUGGUAGUUUUUGCCGCUUCUCUCGCGGAAGCUCGGGGCUUUAAACUCUAA